CCUUCUGACAAUAUGCUGCUCCUACUACUGGGAAUCGUUAUCCUGCACAUCGCAGCCUUAGUCCUCCUGUUUGUGUCAACAAUUGUCAAUGUAAGUGAAGUUUCUUUAUCUGUUGAGUUAUCUGAUUAUUAUCAAUAAUUGGUUCUCAUUUACGAUAAUUAUUCAAAACAGUAAAAAAAAAUAGAUUAACAUAUAUUUUAUUUGGAAAUCAAUAGAUUGUUUUAAAGUGUUGACAUCUCUGCUAUCUGUAGGUGUUUUCUAUUUGUCUGCAGUGUUCUCUUGUUAAUAGCAGCACUGUGUUGUUAAUCCUCUAGGCCUGGGCAACAGGGUCCGCUAGCAGUUCAGACCUCUGGAAGAACUGCUCUACAACCAAUGGAGGAUACCACUGUGACCCGGCCAACACUGGAGGUAAGAUACAGUAAAGACUGACUGUGUACAUCUGCUGCAGUGGCUUGUUUUUUUUCAGCCAUGAUGCUGAUGAUGCCUCCUAUUGUCCAAUAGUGAACUUAUUUUGAAAGGAUAUACUGUAGAUAUCUAUUUGUAGAUCCUAUAAAUUGGAUAUUCUGAAUGUUAGUCCAUUUGACAUCAAACUGGUUGAGAUUUUUCUUAAGUGUGUCUUGAGAAUAAGUUCAGCACUGUUUGUUGACUGUAAGAUCGUAGACAGUAAGACGUGGGAAGCCUUGAAGUGUGAUUAACUAUAACUGGCCUUGGCCCUGAAAGCGCGCUCACUCACUCUCCUGUUAACUCCUGUGGUCCUCUGUAGCUCAGCUGGUAGAGCACGGCGCUUGUAACGCCAAGGUAGUGGGUUCGAUCCCCGGGACCACCCAUACACAAAAAUGUAUGCACGAAUGACUGUAAGUCGCUUUGGAUAAAAGCGUCUGCUAAAUGGCAUAUUAUUAUUAUUUUAUUAUUAUUUAACCAUGCCCCUAAUGGGCAUCAGGCUCCAAUGAGACUCUACUGCCAUCUAGGUGUGAGAAUGUGAAACUCUGUAUAGAUAGUUGUGGUGUGAUGUCCAUAUUCAGGCAUAAAUGGGGCUUUUUAGGGUAUUUAAAGUGUUAGAUCUGAGCAGGAUUGUGUGUGUGUGCAGACAGGGAGGCCUUGGACCACCCCAUACAGAACACAGUGUGUUGACAGCUCUGGUCACGCCUAUGAAUCAGAUCCUGUAUACAGCCAGAUCAUUAACAAAACCAGAGACCUAGCAGCUGUGUUUUUGUCUAUGAGACAGAUUCAGACCAGAGUAAACAGGGGUUGGAGGGAAACACUGCAACAAGAAACAAUACCAUAUUAAAUUAGAAGUUUUGAUAUGGAUAUGCAGUAGGUUAUCUUACAAUUAGCAGAAACAUGGUUCUAGAGGCACUGUAAUACUAUAGAAUUUGUGUUCAAUAGUUUAAUGUAUUGCCUUAGAGACCCAGUACUACAGAACUAACUGCAGUAGCCUCAAGCCCAACAGGCUGUAGCUAGAUGAUGUCAUGAGUCUAGAAUGAGCUGGUUGAACUCACACCCCAGUGUGUGUUAGUGAGACAGGCAGCGGAGCCUCUCUCUCUCUCUUUCUCUCUUUCUUUCUUUCUUAUAAGGAGGCGUAUGUGUUGUGGAGUCUGUACUCAUGUGCACGUGGCCCAGCCCGACCCAGUCAAUCUGUUCAAAGGCCCCUGCAGUGUUUUGCUGAGCAAUCACUACAACUGGUAUGCCUGGACUGGAUGAGCUAAACAUGAGGACAGAGUGGCAAGGCAAGCCUCCUAUCUGAGGCUCUCUACUGAGAGGGCGGGGUGGAGGCACCAACAAUGGUCACGCCCACUGGGUGGCCUUUUAUUUUUAAUCUUGCUAUUAGGAGUUAUGUAGUUUAUAUUCCACAUGGGGAUUGGUUUAUUUUUUACCCAUGUUUUUUGCACUUGACCUGACUUUGCCCCUGAAAUGGAAAUCCAGUCCUUAGUUUGUAUCACUAAUUACAGUUAAGCAAUGUCCACACCAGCUUCUUACUGUAUGUUAGUUAUAUUACAUUUACAUUUUAGUCAUUUAGCAGACGCUCUUAUCCAGAGCGACUUACAGUUAGUGAGUGCAUACAUUUUACUUUUUUUAUACUGGAAUCGAACCCACAACCCUGGCAUUACAAAUGCCAUGCUCUACCAACUGAGCUACAUCCCUGCCGGCCAUUCCCUCCCCUACCCUGGACGACGCUGGGCCAAUUGUGCGCCGCCCCAUGGGUCUCCCGGUCGCGGCCGGCUACGACAGAGCCUGGAUUCGAACCAGGAUCUCUAGUGGCACAGCUAGCACUGCAAUGCAGUGCCUUAGACCACUGCGCCACUCGGGAGGACAUCGGGAGUUAUUACAUGUGAUGGACAGACACCAGCUGGUAUGAUCUCUACUGUAGCCAUGAGCUGGCACUUCAAUCUUUCAGCUGAAGCUUGACAAUAACAUGACAUACACAGCAGAUAUGGCCUUGUGCCUCAGGAUAGUCAGGACUCGACAAACUAAGAACAAUUAUUCCUGAAAAAUAUUUGUCUGUAUAUUUUGUAUAAAUUAUAUAAAUAGAGUACAGUAUAACGUAUUGUUGUAUGGGUAUACCCAUGGAGCAUAGAAUGGAAAUAACCAUAGACACAAGCACAACAGGGACUCUUAUUAUGGUAGAUAUUGUGGGCCCAGAGGACCACACCUCACACCAGGAAAUGCCCCAUGUCACAGUCUUCUGGUAUGACAGGGGAAGAGAGGAAGAAAAGCUUGGUUUAUCAACAGGAGAUAUUUAUAGAACCCUGAUAUAAAACAAAGUGGCGACCAACAAAGGAUCAUGUAACACGUUAUCAUGUUGAGGUCUAUACAUUGAGUAUAAAUUACCGUAUCGUUAGCCUUACUAUGAGAGCUGUUUUGGUUUUGUGUAAAGCUUUCAUGGAUAUAAAUAGCGUUUGUCGUAUCGCAGUGGAUGGGUUUGAUAGUAGUGUUGUUGGCUAUGUCCUCUGUCAUACCUCCUAUCUACUAGUGUGCUCUGGUCUGGGGUGAGUGUAGCAUGGGCACAGACUCUUUGAUAAACCAUCAAACCCUGUUGUUUCCCCAAACCUCUCAUGACAAGUUGUAUUAGUUUCCUGGAAAGCUACAUCAUGGGAGAUGUAUAAACAAUCUACAAAUGGAUGUAAACCGAAAGAACAGUUAUAAAUUAGUCAUGUGUCUGCCUGUGGACAGAGUCGUUUUGCUGGUGGUGGUUACUGUAUGUGUGAUCACUCAAGGUCACAGCAAAGCCAACUGUCUCCUUACUUCAACAUUAUUUACGCAUUUAUGUCUUAGCCACAAUCAUUCAUUAAGGUUUCUUAACCAAUUAGUGGUGCUAAAGCAGCCUGAGCAGGGUCUCAAAAACCACUGGAUUUGUGAUGAAUUAAAUAAAACAAGCAUGCACAGUGAGUUUGGUACCUGAGAGAUUACUCCAAACUCUAACACUAAGACAUGGAGGAUGCAGGGUGUAUACUGGAACCUUAUCUUCCUACUUGACUAUGGUCCAGUGUCCUUAGUAUCCUAUGGGGGCAUGCAGGUCUGUAUCUGUAUUUAUUAAGGAUCCCCAUUAUUUCUUGCCAAGGCAGCAGCUACUCUUCCUGGGGUCCAGUAUAAUUUAAAAAAGGCAGUUAUACAAUUUAAAAAAACAUUACAGUACAUUCACAACAGAUUUCACAACACACUAAGUGUGUCCCCGCUAUUCCAUAAGGUAUAUUGUUAUCUGUUUUUAAAUCUAAUUUUGCUGCUUGCAUGUGUUACUUGAUGUGGAAAAGAGUUCCACGUAGUCCAAAUAUAAAUGUCUGUUUGGCUCUGUAGAGGUAAAUACUCUGGUAGAGCUCCAGCAGAAAACAACAUGUGGGUAGUGACAGCAGCAGACACAGCUAAACAUGAAGUGAGAGGGAGAGAGAUGUGUGAGAAAUGGCUUGGGAGGGAGGGAGAGAUAGAUGGAGGGAGGGAGAGAUGGCUUAGGAAGGGAGCUGGGAGCUGGCUUAGGAAACCUGAAAGUGGAUGCAGGCUGCAUGCAUGACCCUCAGACAAGAAAGAGAGCUGCUUGGAAGUCCAGGCAUUAGUGCUGUGGUUGUAGCGCUAACACAGAGUGGUGGGGGGCUAUGUCUCAGUCAGUGGCUUGUAUUUAUGGAUGCCAAGGGAAGCCUGGCUUCCCCAAAAAAUUAACCAAGAAAAAAACAUACAUUAUUUUGUAUCAUUCGUCUCUUUGCGUUUCAUAAAUAUCCUUCAAUUCACAAGAGACUGGAUGUAUCUCACCGGAGAAAGCAUCCAAGUGAACGAAACAGCGCCCCUCUGUCUCAGUAUGCGUAGCCCAUCUAUCUGAUGCUGUCUGGUUAAAAAGAGUAUGACAUUGUUGCCGCCCGUAGCAUUAAAUGCAAGGGAAGCCAAUCAGCGUUGAGCUAAACUGAGUGAGCUCAGCUGUGAAUGGUCCUGGCUCACCAAAGAAAAGUGUCAAGGGAAGCCAGUUUGGAUUUGGCUUCACACCAAUCACAUCACUUCAAAAGCCAAACGUCAUUGACAAAAAAAACUUGAAUUGUUGAAUCUCGUUGUGUUGUUGUCCUCCGGUGGCUAGCUAACUAAAAUCAUCCCUUUCCUAAAUUAGCCAUGGAUGGACAUAGGGAUUUGGACUUGUGGUUUUAACUAAUUCUCCGUACCGGCCAAUGAUUAUAACGGCGAUUCUGAUCCAAUCAUUAAUGUAUAAAUUGUGCCCCUGGCCUGAGAGGAUGGAAGUUCAAUAUGUAGCUAGAUGUAGAAGGCUAAUGUUAACUAGCUAACCUUGCCCAUGAAUGGAAGUUAGGCUAGCGAGCAAGCAUUUUAGCCAGGUAGCCUAGCACAACAAAAACUAAAAGUGUGUACUGAAUGACAGAGUCAGACUGUUUAGGCAACAUAAAAGAGGAGGAUGGCAUUGCUGGUGUUUAUCUACAAGUAGGGUGAGUCAACAUGUUAAUCUACUUGCACGAACACAAAAACACGCGCACACACACAGAAAUCAGUACCAUGGACAGCCACAUCAUAUUUAGCUUACAUUGAUUGGACUAAAUGGUUUUUGGUAUCUUUUAGUUGUCACUGUAUUUGACUAAGCAGAGGUGACUUGAUUAUGAAAUUAUGCUGGAUUAGUGGAGGCAGUGCCUGUUUUCUUUGCGACUUGCGUCUCUGUGGUUCUAAAUCAGUAGCUUAGUAGUCCGAAAAAUGUACUUGCUUGACAAUGCUGUAGGUCAUGUAACUAUUUGUCACAUGCAAUAUGUUUUGUGGACACCGGACAGAUAUUGCUCUCCAGUUUUGUGAUAAAACAAAGGUGUGGAAGAAUUUAUUCUGCCACUGUCUUCUUAUUGUCUCUGCCUUCUAUAUCACGGUAGCAAAGCCUGUGAACUAACAGGUUAUAGAGCUGCAAACAAUGCAAUUUUCACAACACAGGUUGUAAUAUGGCUUUUUUUUUUUUUUUUUUGCUUGGCUCCCCAAGUGAUUUUACCCACGCAACGCUACUGCUCAAAGUCCCUGGCUGUCAGGACAGGUUACUAUAAUGGGUUAACAGGGUUUUCUGUGCUGUAGUAACCUGGCCUUUGAACAGCAGUAGGCACAGUAACCAGAGGAUCAAUAUCUUACACAAUGUCUUAAGGGCCUCUUUGUAUUAUUGAGUAGGCUACAAUGCUUUCAGGAACAAGAUGCCUAGGUACCAUUAUUGUGGUCGAUGUCCGCACUGCCUUGAAAAAUACAAAAUACAAAAAUCUGUCAUUUUAAGCUAGAGAUAUCCGUCUCAAUCCACCAACAUCGCACUUCCGCAUCUAUGGUGAAAGGUGACCGAGCUAGAGCGGUGUUUGUCAGACCAUGAGACAUCCCGAAAAACAGUCUUCUCACAAAAUCGUCUGUAGCGAAAUUGGCCUACAAACUCUAUGGAAAGAUGAGACUCUCACGAACACGAUGGUAUUCUCCAUUUUGCAUUACAAACCCACAAGCGUAUUGGGACUCGUCUGAAGUCGGUACAGCCGAUCUGCCAACUUUUGUCUGUAGCGUCCGAACAGUUUGGGCUACACACUAAUAUGACCCCUCUGUGCAAAGGUGAGACUCUCUCGAGUACAUGUCGGUUGUUUUGUUCUAGGAUACCCACAGGCCUCACAAGACUCACCUGAAUUUCCCCCGGUACCAGUUGAAAAAAUGAAUGGAAGUAUAUAUGGAGACUGUAUAGUGCCAAAAAUAAGGGGUUAAAUUAGUGUAAAAAAAUUACAAAUGUUUCCUGAUUUUUCUUAUCAAAUUCCAAGAUGGCGUAGCAGUACGGUCGUGUUUUCUGUAGUGUCCUCAUGUAAAUAGCCUGUUUUUUUUUGGUCCUUUUUCGUAUAUAUUUCUCAAUCUCACUUUCCUGCAACCCGCCUCACCCAAGGUGGAACGGAUUCUAUUAUUUCUUUAUACCUUCUUAUCUAGAACCUCUGAAACUAGCCAGCUAACUAGCUACUUGCUAUUAGCCACCGUUAGUGGUCUUCACCAUUGUCCGUGGCCUGCACUACCUACCAGCCAGCUCUAGCCUGGCGCUAUCGAGCCAGAGCAUAUCGGAUUUUCUGCCGGAAUCACUGAAUCACUGGACCUUAACACCAGAUCAUCGCAACUAGCUAGCUGCAACCGAAUGGCUGUUGUUGUUGUUGUUGGCUAAUCACCACUGUCCUGAAGCAAGCCUCAGUUAGCCUUGAGCUAGCCUCGUGCCAGGCCCAUCUCCCGGCUAUCUACCUCUCUGUCAACCGGACAGGACCUCCUAGUGUUGACACGGAGCCCCGCCGAUCCAUCACGACUGGUCUGCCGACUUCAUCGUCUGAUGUGAUUUCAACAGGCUUCCCAUUAGCCCCGGCCCGCUAGCACACGCAAUCAACAGCCAUGCCUCCUGCUCGCCUGUGCCGUAGCAGCCACUGAACUGCUCCCGGACUCACCUAUUGCUGUUCACUGGACCUUAUGAUCACUCAGCUACACAGCUGAUGCCUGCUGGACUGUUACUUUAUACGGUACCCCAUCCUGUUUAUCUGUUUAGCCUCAGCUCAAACUUUCAUCGCCAUUACCAGCUGUUGUCUUAGCUCUCUCGAAUAAAACCUGUGAUUGCUUUAUGCCUCUCUCCCAUGUCAAUAUGCCUUGCCUAUUGCUGUUUCGGUUAGUUCUUACUGUACUUUUUCACUGUAGAAACCCCAGUCCCGCUCAACCUGCCUCAGAUAGCUCCUUUGUCCCACCCCCCACACACGCGGAGACCGGCUCAAUCGGUGCCUCCAGUGAUGCUAUCCCUUUCAUCGUUACCCAACGCUUAGGUUUACCUCCACUGUACUGUUAUCCUUGUCUGUACAUAAUGCCCUGAAUCUAUUCUACAACGUCCGGAAAUCUGCCCCUUUUAUUCUCUGUACCCAACGCACUAGAGGACCAGUUCUUAAAGCCUUUAGCCGUAUCCUUAUUCUAUUCCUCCUCUGUUCCUCUGGUGAUGUAGAGGUUAACCCAGGCCCUGUAGCCCCCAGUAUCACUCCUACUCCCCAGGUGCUAUCAUUUGUUGACUUCUGUAACUGCAAAAGCCUUGGUUUCUUGCAUGUUAACAUCAGAAGCCUCCUUCCUCCGCCAACCCUGAUGUUCUAGCAGUGUCUGGAUCCUGGCUUAGGAAGGCCACCAAAGAUUCAGACAUUUCCUUUUCCAACUACAACGUUUUCCAUCUAGAUAGAACUGCCAAAGGGGGCGGAGUUGCAGUCUACUGUAGAGCACCUGCAAUCACCUGCAGAGCUCUAUCAUACUAUCCAGGUCUGUGCCCAAACAGUUUGAGCUUCUACUUCUAAAAAUCCACCUUUCCAGAAAUAAGUCUCUCACUGUUGCCACUUGCUACAGACCCCCUCAGCCCCCAGCUGUGCCCUGGACACCAUAUGUGAAUUGAUUGCCCCCCAUCUAUCCUCAGAGUUCGUAUCGCUUGGUGACCUAAACUGGGAUAUGCUUAACACCUCGGCCGUCCUAUAAUCUAAUCUAAACUAGAUGCCCUCAAUCUCAUACAAAUUAUCAAGGAACCUACCAGGUACUACCCUAAAUCCGUAAACAUGGGCACCCUCAUAGAUAUCAUCCUGACUAAUUUACCCUCUAAAUACACCUCCGCUGUCUUCAACCAGGAUCUCAGCGAUCACUGCCUCAUUGCCUGCGUCCGUAAUGGGUCCGCGGUCAAACGACCACCCCUCAUCACUGUCAAACGCUCCCUAAAACACUUCAGCGAGCAGGCCUUUCUAAUUGACCUGGCCCGGGUAUCCUUGAUGGAUAUUGACCUCAUUCCGUCAGUAGAGGAUGCCUGGUUGUUCUUCAAAAGUGCUUUCCUCUCCAUCUUAAACAAGCAUGCCCCAUUCGAAAAAUUCAGAACUAAGAACAGAUAUAGCCCCUGGUUCACCCCAGACUUGACUGCCCUUGACCAGCACAAAAACAUCCUGUGGCGUACUGUAUUAGCAUCGAACAGCCCCCGCGAUAUGCAACUUUUCAGGUAAGUCAGGAACCAAUAUACACAAUCAGUUAGGAAAGCAAAGGCUAGUUUUUUCAAACAGAAAUGUGCAUCCUGUAGCACGAACUCCAAAAAGUUUUGGGACACUAAAGUCCAUGGAGAAUAAGAGCACCUCCUCACAGCUGCCCGCUGCACUGAGGCUAGGAAACACUGUCAGUACCGAUAAAUCUACGAUAAUCGCACAUUUCAACAAGCAUUUUGCUAUGGCUGGCCAUGCUUCCCCUACCCCGGCCACAAGCUCUGCACCCUCCGAUGCAACUUGCCCAUGCCCCCCCCCCCCCCCCCCCCCCCCGCUUCUCCUUCACCCAAAUUCAGAUAGCUGAUGUUCUGAAAGAGCUGCAAAAUCUGGACCCUACAAAUCAGCUGGGCGAGACAAUCUGGACCCUUUCUUUCUAAAAUUAGCUGCGAAAUUGUCGCAACUCCUAUUACCAGCCUGUUCAACCUCUCUUUCGUAUCGUCUUAGAUCCACAGAGAUUUAGAAAGCUGCCGCGGUCAUCUCCCUCUUCAAAGGGGGUGACACUCUAGAUCCAAACUGUUACAGAGCUAUAUCCAUCCUGCCCUGCCUUUCGAAAGUAUUUGAAAGACAAGUUAACAAACAGAUCACCGACCAUUUCGAAUCCCACCGUACCUACUCCGCUAUGCAAUCUGGUUUCCGAGCUGGUCAUGGGUGAACCUCAGCCACGCUCAAGGUCCUAAACGAUAUUAUAACCGCGAUCGAUAAAAGACAGUACUGUGCAGCCGUUUUCAUCGACCUGGCCAAGGCUUUCGACUCCGUCAAUGGCUGCCAUUCCUUCCAGUUCUCUGCUGCCAAUGACUGGAACGAACUGCAAAAAUCUCUGAAGCUGGAGACUCUUAUCUCCCUCACUAACUUUAAGCAUCAGUUGACAGAGCAGCUUACUGAUCACUGCACAUGUACACAGCCCAUCUGUAAUUAGCCCACCCAACUACCUCAUCCCCAUAUUGUUAUUUAUUUUGCUCAUUUGCACCCCAGUAUCUCUAUUUGCACAUCAUCUUCUGCACAUCUAUCAUUCCAGUGUUAAUACUAAAUUGUAAUUAUUUUGCACUAUGGCCUAUUUAUUGCCUUACCUCCAUAACUUACUACAUUUGCACACACUGUAUAUAGAUUUUCUAUUGUGUUAUUGACUGUACAUUUUAUUUAUCCCAUAUGUAACUCUGUGUUGUUUUUAUCGCACUGCUUUACUUUAUCUUGGCCAGGUCGCAGUUGUAAAUGAUAACUUGUUCUCAACUGGCUUACCUGGUUAAAUUAAUAAAAUAAAAUAUCUCUCAGAUAUAGGACAGACACUUCAGAACCAACUUUCUUUUGAUAUUUGUGUUGUUCCAUGUAGUGAAUCUGUUAUUCAAUGCGCUUGUAUGGGCUAAUAGCAGUAAGGCCAAAUCAAAUUGUUUAUCAAAUCAUAAAAAUAAAAGAUACUUCAAGGGGUCUUGAAAUUCAAAAUCAAAUAUUAAAAUGAUCCUUGGUAUGACCUUCUUAAAACAAUUCCAUAUAGCUUAGUAGAACACCCACCGUUGGCUUAGACUCUUAUGGGUUAAGGAUUUCAGGCAACUAAACAAGGCUCAUGUUGCUGUAAAUAGAAAGUGAAGUCUGAUGUAUAGUCGUGAGUCUCUAAUGCAUAUGUUAAUGUAUAGCCAAUUCAUAUCCAUGUACUGCAUAGCCAUGUAGCGUCCAUGUAUCCUGUGUGGUCCUCUGUAGCUCUGUGUUUCUAAGAACAGCCCUUAGCCGUGACAUGUUGGCCAUACAACACACCCCCUCGGGCCUUACUGCUUAAAUAUAUUAUGUAGACUUGACUGACAAUCUCCCUCUCUCUUCCCUGCAGAGUGGAUCCAGGCGGUGCAGGCCCUGAUGAUCCUGUCCAUCAUCUUCAGCUUCAUCUCUCUCUUCCUGUUCUUCUGUCAGCUCUUCACCCUGCAGAAGGGAGGACGUUUCUUCCUCACUGGGGUCUUCCAGAUCCUCGCCAGUAAGUUCCAAUUAUGUCAUCCAGACAAAAUAAACUGAAACAGAGUCAUAUUCAGAAGUGUACACUGUAUAAAGGGGCCUAAAGCUUUAUGGUAUAAAGGGGCCUAAAGCUUUAUGGUAUAAAGGGGCCUAAAGCUUUAUGGUAUAAAGGGGCCUAAAGCUUUAUGGUAUAAAGGGGCCUAAAGCUUUUUGUUGUAUUCAAGCAAUACACCAGCUGUUCACUAAACAUCCGUACUAUGCACCCGCCACACCUGAGUGGACACACUCACAGAAUGUGUUGUACAAACAGCUUCUGCAUUGUCUGUGUCAGUGCACUGAUAUUGUCUGUGUCAGUUGAAUAGGAUCUAUUGUAUUCCAACACCUCUUCUGGUCUAUUGUGUCCACCAUUGGCAGCCUUUUUUAACCUCCCAGGUUGGCACUGUAGACCAUGCCAGUGGGCACAGAGACACUCACACAUGUGGAAAUGUCAAGACUGAAAACGUAGGGGGUGAACAACAAACAACUUAACAUCAACACAGAGACCAUGCCAUGUCACGCCAGUUCACAAUGGGCAGGGCUGGGUUCUGUUGAAACUUGGAAGCAGGCCAGGGUUCUAGAUGAGGAAGUGAGGAAUCUAACAGCCCUGUUCAUAGUUCGAUAGCCGCCAUGACACAGUGUGAUGCAAUAACUGGCUGGGGGAAUCCAUCUGGGAAGCAUUGACCCUACUCACCCCACCUCUCCUCUACUGCUGCCCAGCAUGGUUCAUACUAGGACAACUUCCAUGAAGCAUUGCAGAUUGUGAUGAUGGCGUGAAACACAAUAAUUUGAUCUUAAGAAUUUGACCCCCUCCCCCCUUCAUCCCCUGAUCUCCUCUCCUCCUCCCCCUUCUCCUAUUCUCUCCUCUUCUCAUAUUUUCCUCUCCUCCCAGGUCUGUUUGUGAUGAGUGGAGCAGUGAUCUAUACGGUGAUGAGUCCUAAGUGGGUGCCUGAGACUGAGGCCUUCGGCUGGGCCUAUAUCCUGGCCUGGGUGGCCUUCCCUCUGGCCCUGAUCAGCGGACUCAUCUAUGUCAUCUUGAGAAAACGGGAAUGA